AUGGCUGAUAGCAACGAUAUAUCUUCCAAAUUGCAGGAUCUAAGCAUCCAUAACAGGGGCAUGAAUCCUAAUGCCCAAGCAAAAUUAUUAGCGUUCCAAGCCAAGAGACAGCAACAACAAAGUAAUGAUGAAAUUUUUAGUCCCAUAGGCGUCAGCUCUCCAAUCUUAAGCACGCCUUCUACUCCGCGCAACGAAGACCUCACUGCGAAUGGUGGGUCAUUUUUGGAUUCAGACGACCAAAAAGCUGCCCCUUCCUCUGAAGGUCUUAUGAGACGGACUUCUUUCCGGUUGCCGAAAAAGAAGUCGGAAUCUGAAGAGAGAAGUCCCGUGGAGUCUAGAAGCCGCGCACAUAGCUUCAAAGUCUCAAACGAUGCCGUCGACCGCCCUUUCGGUGGACAUGCAACAAAGUCGGCCGAUUCCAUCACAGCAAAGGAAAAACCGCUUCCUAAAACACCGGAUUCGGUGCUGGCCGACGAGUUGGAUACUAUUCUCCGUGCGGAGUCUCAAACUGCAAAACAGGCUAAUGGAGCAACUGCCAUUCACAGAAAAACAUCCCUUUCCCAAAGAAGGGGCAUGAAGCUUGAUUUCGGCUCACUUGGUGAACCAACUAAUCCGGCUGCAGGCAAUAAUUCCUUGAACAAACUCAAACAGAACAUGCUGCCUCAGAGAGGCGCCCCUAGUAUUCCUUCCGCCAGCAAGUCGGCCGCAUCUGGUGCCAGGGCAAAGCCAAACUUGAACCUGCCACAAGCCCAACCAAAGCCAUCUGGUAUGUUUGCCAACUAUGCCAAAUACGUCGACAUCAAGUCGGGGUCUUUGAACUUUGCAGGCAAGGCUUCAGUGCAUUCCAAGGGAAUUGAUUUCUCUAAUGGAUCAUCAUUCAGAAUUUCCUACGACGACAUCGAGUUCUUGGAGGAGCUUGGUCGCGGAAACUACGGUAUUGUCUCCAAAGUGUUGCACAAGCCUACGGGUAUAAUCAUGGCAAUGAAAGAGGUGCGUUUGGAGCUUGAUGAUUCGAAGUUUAGGCAAAUUCUUAUGGAGCUCGAGGUGUUGCAUAGUUGUGCCAGCGACUGUAUUGUCGAUUUUUAUGGCGCAUUCUUCGUGGAGGGAGCCGUUUACAUGUGCAUAGAGUACAUGCAAGGUGGUUCUCUAGACAAGAUCUAUGGCAGCGGACUGAACGAGCCGGAAUUAGCCUACGCCACAAAAUGCGUGGUGAAGGGUCUUAAGCAACUGAAGGAUGAACACAACAUAAUUCAUAGGGAUGUCAAACCAACAAACAUUUUGGUCGGUGAGAACGGAAAGGUCAAAUUGUGUGACUUUGGAGUCAGCGGGAACCUUGUGGCUUCUCUCGCUAGAACAAAUAUCGGUUGCCAGUCCUACAUGGCACCGGAGAGAAUCAAGUCGCUGACGCCAGACGACGCAACCUACUCCGUCCAAUCCGACAUCUGGUCUCUAGGACUGUCAAUUCUAGAGAUCGCAAAGGGAAGUUACCCUUAUCCACAGGAAACAUACGACAACAUUUUUUCGCAACUCAGUGCUAUAGUUGACGGAGAGCCGCCAACUUUGCCAGACGAUCGCUUUUCUAAAGAGGCCCGGGAUUUUGUGAGCUUGUGUCUCAACAAGAAUCCCAACAAACGGCCUGGUUAUGCUGAGCUUUUGCCCCAUCCCUGGCUGAACAAGUACGACGACGCGGAGUGCCAGAAACUUAUGGCCCAAGUCGUUGCUCUUGCGCAAGAGAAGAAGCAAAAUGGAUCGGAUCCUUCUUCUGAGAAGACGCAGUCUCAACAGGUUCCUCCUUUGCAUAAGAUACAGCUACAGAGGUAG